AUGGCCGCUCUCGCCCUCCUCACUCUUGCCACUUCUGUCGCGGCCGCGCCGGCUGCCAUGAACCGCCUCGCGGCGGACGCGGUCUUCGACUCCCCGGGUUAUACCAAGUGGGUCGAGAAUGCCAAGCCAGGCGACAUCUACAAGUACGACGGCGGGGCCGUUACACUCGACAGCAAGGAGACCAAACCGAGCAACAGCGGCAACAGCGGCAACAGCGGCAACAGCGGCAACAGUACUCACGAGACACGCGCCCCCUGCACAGAGUACUACGGCCUCCAGUCCAACGUGGACGCAACAGACCUGUGGUGGGAUGCGUGGGGCCCGAUCGCUGAGUGCAAGUGGUGCGGCGGCGGGCCAUGCGAGGCGACGUGGCAAUGGGAAUGGACGACGACAUGGCGCGUUAGCGGAGACUGGGUGGAAACCGGCUGGAACGCCGUGCAGGAUACGAUCAACAAAGAUGGUAAUAGGAACAAGGGCUACCGCUGGGCCAAAGAGGCGUACACUAGCGGCACGAAGACCUGCCCCGCCAACGCGGGAGAACCUGUGCGUCUGUGGCGCCAGAACCGGUUCGGAUGGGCGGAUGUCGCGCAGCGCACAAUCAUAGGCAACCGUUGCCCCUGGGUGAGUACCAAGUACGGCGACUGGAAGUUCUCGCACCUCGACCUCCCACUCGAGGGAAAUGAUGGGACGUACCUUCUCGGGUGCAGUAAUGGGGACAGGGCCGAGUGUGGGCGCAACGUCUAG